AUGGCUAUGCACUCUUUCCAGGUCUGCUUCUGUGGCAUAAGAAAUUUCAUCCACAGGGUGCUUGGACCCCCUGAUGAUGUCAAGACACUAUUCAAGGAUUUCUCACAGGGUGGCAGCAUGUCAAUGGAUGGUCUACGUAAUUUUCUCUCUGUUGUGCAAGGACAAAACAAUGCCCCAGAAGAUGAUACUGAUGACGCUCAGGCUAUCUUUGAUCGUCUCAAGCAUCUCGGCUUCUUCCAAAGAAAGGACCUUAGUCUGGAAGCCUUCUAUCGAUAUCUUCUUGGUGACCUUAAUACUCCUCUUUCUCCAUCUAGCAGGGUCCACCAUGACAUGACUGCUCCAUUAGCUCAUUAUUUCAUGUACACAGGCCACAACUCUUACUUGACUGGGAAUCAAUUCAGCAGUGCGAGCAGUGUUGAACCUAUCAAAAGGGCUUUGCAAAAUGGUGUAAGAGUAAUUGAAUUAGACUUGUGGCCAGCCGCGAACAACAAGGUGGUGGUUUGCCAUGGAAGGACACUAACUAGUUCAGUGGAACUCCUCAAAUGUUUGAUUACUAUUAAGGAAUUUGCCUUUCAGAAAUCUGAGUAUCCUGUUGUGAUAACCUUUGAAGACCACCUACCUGCCCGUCUUCAGGCCAAGGUUGCUGAGAUAAAUGCUGCACUGUCCCGGGACGGAUCAAUUACUGGAAUUUCCGUCGCCGGAAUCUUUGAAGAAAAAGGUUUUGAUUUCAACUAA